GUCAACCCGUCCAGUCAACCCUCGCGACGACUGAAGAAACGUCUCGUAUGCGUCGUAUUUCCUGACGUUCUGCCUCGCGGCUGGGCGGCGAUUCCCAGCAAAAUAUAAAUUCCAACCUCCAUCGCGCGCCACCUGAAAGCAGCUCCUCUCAUGGACAAUCCUUCUCAGAGCAAUUCACUCUUCCAUUUGACAUACUACAGCAACAAAUAAUAAUCGACUUUCACCUGAGGGUUCGCGAUUGAAGAUGCCACGAACCGUCGCCAAGGCAACUCCGUUGCUUGAAAUCCUGCUCGACGGAGGGGAAAGUACAUACCGACCCGGGGACACAAUCACGGGCCGCGUCGUUCGGAGUGCUCCCAUCGUCUCUAGCCAGGCGUCGCUCAACAUCCAGUUCCAUGGCAGAUCCAAGUCCAAGAUGACGGUCAGCAGGGGGCAGGCUGGAACCAGCGUCUAUCGAGGCCGGUUUAACUUCUUCGACCCAGGCCAAAAUCGGCAGCAGCUGUUUUAUGGUCCCAUCCACAUUCCUCCUGACGGGGCUAUGAAGGAGUGGCCAUUCGCCAUCACGGUUCCCACGGCGCUCGACCCUUCUACAGUGGCUACAGGAAACCAACAGAAGGCUAGCUACCUGCCGCUUGGCCCACAUGACGUUGCGACCCAUUCGUUGCCUCCCGUCUUCCAUGCUUCGGGUGUAUGGAUGAUAACGACGACCUACCACUGCUUCGUCGAGUACUUCCUCGAAGCGGAACUGAAUGCCGAGGGGACUGCCGGGUCCACAGACAAGGCCACCCUUCCUGUCAAUGUAAUACCAGCAUAUACGCCAGACAUGAUAACCGACUUCGACCUUAGCCGACGCUCGUUCCUAUGCCGCAUCAGCACCUAUCACCUUGUUCCCGGAAUGGAAGCUGCGAGCCUAUCAUUCCAACAGCGGACCCAGAAGUUCUUUGGAUCAUCCAAGGUCCCUCAGUUUGCAUUCUCCCUCCAGGUAGAAUGUCCCGGCAUUCUGCAACUCGGGAAUCCCCACCUCGUCCCCUUUCGAGUCCUCGUCAUACCAGACCGGACCCAAACGACGGAAGCGAUCCGCGAUAACUCGCAGACUGUCACUCUGACGGCAAUGAACUUCGAGAUCAGGGCCUCGACGAAACUGAUAUGUCGCGGGACGCUUGCGCCGCACACUUCGAGCGAGACGCGCAAGGUUGGAUUCGAUCUGAAAUCCGCCAUUGCACAGCUCGGGGCACCCAUCGUCUUGCCCUCAGGUGAAAAGUCGGAGCCCCUCGACGUUGGCGCGCUGCUGCAACUCAGCAUCACCUCGGCAACUCCCCGCGGCCAGGGACCGUUCUCUAGAUACAAGGGCCAGCUGUAUCCCAGCUUCGAGACCUACAACAUCAAGCAUAAUCAUCGGCUGAGGUGGGAGCUAACGGUUACGACGGCGGGCGAGUCGACGACGCUAUCGAACGAAGUGGAUAUAACCUUGCUACCUCUGAGCGGCCUACCUCUGUAUGAGCCACCUCUAGACGAGCUACCUGCCUAUGACAAAGCCGAAGGAGGCGACUGGCCAAAAGAGAAAGAAUAGCUGCGGCGGGAAUAGUCAUAAGGAGGACGGCAAACAUGGGAGCUCCAAGGCUAUGAUGAAUAAAUGCUUGUAUGGGUAAUAUUAGUUUCAUAGUGCAGUAAUUGCACUGGCGGACGGUGGGGAAUUAAUUUAGGCCUCUGCCGGUACUUUUAUUACUUGCUCUAUCCCAACUCAGAUGGCUGUUGUUGGUAUAAGUAUUUGCCUCUUUCCUCUGGAUGCAUCUACAUAACCAUCACCAUUCUAGAACUCUCACGGCGCGCCUAAAGGAGGCAUGAAAUAGGAUGACCUCUCCAGAUAGCUCCGGCAACCUUGGGCAUAUAACUACUGGCUGGCGGGCAGCUGGGCAGCGGC